AUGUCGUCCAAAGACGAAGCUAUUGACGCGAGCGUCAUGGAGAAGGGCCACCCAACGGCUCUGGAGGGCACGUCCCAUGUCAUUACCGGUCGUGAUGAAGGCCUCCCUCGCCAUUCCAACUUCAUGACCCGAACCGGUUUGAACGCCGAGUCUUUCAAAAAAGCGCAUUAUGGUCGCGGCCAAGUUGAACUCGAACGCCCCAUGAGCGCCAGGCAUCUCAACAUGAUUGCUAUUGGUGGUUCCAUUGGUGCUGGCUUCUUUGUCGGUUCAGGUGGUGCUUUGGCCAAAGGUGGCCCCGGAACUCUUUUUGUCGAUUUUCUUAUCAUCGGUGUCAUGAUGUUUAACGUCGUCUAUGCUCUUGGUGAACUUGCUGUCAUGUUUCCCGUCUCCGGUGGCUUCUAUACCUAUUCAUCUCGCUUCAUUGAUCCUUCUUGGGGAUUCGCCAUGGGCUGGAAUUACGUCUUCCAAUGGGCAGUCGUCUUACCGCUUGAGUUGACGGUAUGUGGCCUGACUAUUCAAUACUGGAAUGAGCAAAUCUCGGUUGGUGUUUGGGUUGCCGUUUUUCUCGCCGCUAUCAUCAUCAUCAAUCUAUUUGGCGCUCUAGGAUAUGCCGAAGAGGAAUUCGUCUCGUCGGUUUUCAAGCUGACCGCGACGGUUGUUUUUAUGAUCAUCGCUUUCGUCUUGGUCCUCGGUGGAGGCCCCAAGAGUGGCCGAUAUAACGAGUACUGGGGGGCCCGAUACUGGUAUGAUCCUGGUGCUUUCAAGAAUGGCUUCAAGGGUUUCUGUGCCGUCUUUGUUACUGCAGCCUUCUCUUUCUCUGGAACUGAGCUGGUUGGCCUCGCCGCCGCAGAGUCGAAGAACCCCGUCAAAUCUCUGCCCAGUGCUAUCAAGCAGGUCUUUUGGCGCAUCACAGUUUUCUAUAUCCUUGGUCUCUUCUUUGUUGGUCUGCUGAUCAACUCCAACGACCCUGCACUACUCUCGAACGCCGCCUUUACUGAUGUUAAGGCUUCGCCCUUUGUCUUGGUCGGUAAAUACGCCGGUUUAAAAGGAUUUGACCACUUUAUGAAUGUGGUAAUCCUGGUCUCUGUGCUUUCUAUAGGAGUAUCUGGUGUAUAUGGCGGCUCCAGGACUUUGACUGCUUUGGCUCAGCAAGGCUAUGCUCCGAAGCUGUUUACCUAUAUUGAUAAGUCUGGUCGUCCUCUAGCGUCCGUUGCUGCUCUUCUUCUUUGCGGAUUUCUUGGAUUCCUGAGCCUCGACUCCCGAGGCCCUGUUGUCUUCGACUGGCUCUUGGCUUUAUCUGGACUAGCUGCUCUCUUCACCUGGGGCUCUAUUUGCUUGGCCCAUAUCCGUUUCCGCAAGGCUUGGAAGUACCACGGUCACUCACUCGACGAAAUCCCAUUCAAGGCUAUUGGAGGAGUUUAUGGCUCUUGGCUCGGUCUCGCCCUCUGUAUCCUUGUCCUGAUAGCCCAGUUUUACACUGCUAUUGCUGCUCCUCCUGGCAAAUCCGGAUUGGGUACUGUCGAGGGCUUUUUCAAGUCGUACUUGGCGUUCCCCGUCGUCAUAUUCUUCUGGAUCAUCGGAUAUCUGUGGAAGCGAACUGGGUGGCUUCGAACUGAGCAGAUGGAUGUUGACACUGGUCGACGUGAGAUGGACUGGGAAGAGAUUAAUGCCUACCGAGCCAAGGUCGCGUCAUGGCCCGCAUGGAGACGCAUCCUGCACCACACUUUUUAG